AUGAUGAAUCAAACAGUAAUAAUGGAAUUCUUGCUUCUGAGAUUUACUGAGAACCAGUUGCUAUUGAGGCUACAUGCUGUGUUCCUCUUACUGAUCUACCUACUGGCCAUAGUGGAGAAUUUAAUUAUCAUCCUCCUCACAAUUCUUGACCAACACCUCCACACUCCAGUGUACUUUUUCCUAAGGCACUUACCCUUCUUAGAUAUGUGUCUCAUUUGCACAGUCCCCAAAUCCAUCCUCAACUUCACUGACUCCAUCUCUUUUCUGGGAUGUGUGUUACAGGUCUUCCUUGUGAUAGUAAUGUCUGGGUCCGAGAUUAGCAUUCUCACUGCAAUGUCCUGUGACCACUAUAUUGCCAUCUGUCGCCCUCUUCAUUAUGAGGCUGUUAUGAGCAAAGAGGUCUGUGUCCAGCUGGUGUUAGUCUCCUGGCUCAGUGGAGGGGUCUUCAGAAUCUUGUACUCAGCUGGGACAUUCUCUUUAAAUUUUUGUGGGUCCACUAAGAUACAUCAGUUAUUUUGUGAUGUGCCCACCCUACUGAAGCUCACUUGUUCUGUGGAACAUGCAACUAUUAAUGUCAGUGUGGCCAUUGGGGUCUGUUAUGGAUUUUCAUGUUUAGUUUGCAUUGUGGUCUUUUAUGUACAUGUUUUCUCUACCGUGUUAAAGAUCCCAACCAGACAGAAGCAGGGCAAAGCCUUUUCCACCUGCUUGCCUCACCUCUUUGUAGUGAGUACAUUCCUUCUAACAGGUGCUAUUGCUUAUUUAAAGCCAAACUCUGAUGAACCUUCUCUUCCUGACUUGUUCGUGUCUAUGUUCUAUUCUGUGGUACCCCCAACCUUGAACCCUGUUAUCUACUGUCUGAGGAGAAAAGAUAUUAAAUCAGCUCUUGUUAAAAUCCUACAAAAGUUAAAAGGAGUGGAGUAA